GACUUGAAGAAACCUCUCUUUCAAACAACUCUUCUUCUUCUUCUUCUUUCUUCUCCUCCUCCUCCUCCUCCUCCUCUUCUUUUGCUCCUUCCACAUGUCUGAUGAGCAUAGAAACCCUAGUUAUUACUAUGACCCUUUCCAGAGCUCCCAUUUCUCCUCUGCUUACAAUGAUCAUCCAUACAUGAGCUUCACUGAUUGCUUGCAAGGGUCUGGUGACUACAACUCAUUGGAAACGGCUUUUGGCCUGUCGCCAGCGACUUCCGAGGUUCUUUCGUCGGUCGAGUAUGGCCACCAGAAGCAGGAAAUAGGAGGCGGUAGCGAGAGUACCAAUCACAACCCGGCAACACCGAACUCUUCGAUCUCUUCUUCUUCUACUGAAGCCGGGGGCGAGGAGGAUUCAAGCAAAGGCAGGAGAUCGGAGACCCAGUUGAAGGAAAGUGAAGAUGGAGGAGAAAGCUCUAAGAAACAGAGCAAAAAGAAGAAGGGAGAGAAAAGAGAGAGAGAGCCCCGCUUUGCCUUUAUGACCAAGAGUGAAGUUGAUCAUCUUGAAGAUGGUUACAGGUGGAGAAAAUACGGCCAAAAGGCUGUAAAAAAUAGCCCUUACCCAAGGAGCUACUACAGGUGCACCACACAGAAAUGCACUGUGAAGAAGAGAGUGGAGAGGUCAUUCCAAGACCCAUCCAUAGUGAUCACUACCUACGAAGGCCAACACAACCAUCCGAUCCCCGCGACGCUCCGGGGGAGCGGGGCCGGGAUGUUCACGACGUCCAUGUUCGCGCCCACCGCGGCGAUCCCAGGCUACAACAACCCUCAAGAGAUGAUGUUUCAAAUGCCUCACAUGAUGACAACAAACCAAGGUGGUGCAAAUUUUGCUUAUAACCCUCAAGCUUUGACUUCAGCAUAUCACCACCAUCAUCAGCAGCAACAUAACCAAGGCCCACCAGACUAUGGACUCUUGCAAGACAUUGUUCCUUCCAUGUUUUUCAAACAAGAGCCAUGAUCCAAUACUCCAUUUAAGUAUCUUAAAAAAUCCCUCCUAGUUUAUUGUAUAUAUACAUAAGUAUAGCUACAGCCUAUAGCCAGUAAUCGAUUACUACUACAUUUUUCUUUUCUAUUUCUGACUGGUAACCCUAUUUAAUUAACUUCAUCCUCAAUCAUAUGGUCUCACUUUUUUGGGGUACUUUCACCAAGGGAAAUCAAGAUUACUUAGAUUAAGCCAUCGGGGUCAUUGGUUAGCUUCAUGUUUGCCUCUCUCAGUGAGGAAAUUUUGCACCAGCUGCUGGAGAAGAGAGAAGAAGAUUAGAUUAGAUUCAAAUGCAGGGUCUUUAAAAAUGUUUUGUCUUGUAUUAAGGUUUUUAUAUAUCUAGUAGCUUUAAGAGGAGAUUAUCGAUGAUGAUGAUUGUAUUGUGAUUCAUGGAGUCACUCCAUAUAUCUUUGUACUCUCUUUCUGGUGCAACCAUUUGCAGUGAUUUACGGCUUUUGGACUA